UCGGUAAUCAGCUGUUGGCAAUUAUCACCAUAUCAUUGAACGUCUGAGCGAUCCAAAGUUCUUAACAAUUGUCUUAAUAUCAUGAGAGACUACUUUGAAACAAAUCAGUUUCAAUUGCAAAAAUUGAUAAGGAAUAUGGAAACAACGGAUGGGAGAAAUUAUCUUGUUGCACAAAUUUGAAUAUUAUGGAUCAAACUGCAUUGAUAAGUGAGAGUGAAUGCUGCGGUAAUGGCUGCGUAAAUUGUGUAUUAAAUGUCGGAUUUCGGAGAACUUAUAGUGAUAACCUUGAAGGAAAACAGAACGUAAUUUCGGAGUAUCGAAAAUUUCGACUGUCAAGCAAAUAUCCACAUAAUCCUAUGGGCAGGGAAGAUGAUAAUGGAAAUGGUGUCGAAGUAAUUGAGCUUCACUUUUGUGUUUCUUAUUUGCCAGACGGUGCGGAGGAUUUCGCUUUGAUGAUACCAGCAGGUUAUCAUGUAAUGAUGCGUCAACAUUUGGCUACUGGGCUAGUUUGUCUGAGGCCCUAUUCUCCUUUUUGGGUGGAUACUUUGGCGAUGGAAUUCAAAAUCAUCGUAAAUCUCGCUCCUUGCGGUCAAAUGUCUCGAUUUAUUAAAGAACUGAAGGUUGGUGAUUUUGUCGAAUUUCGAGGACCUAUAGGUGCUUACGAAUAUUUUAGUAACACUAAAACUGAACGCAAUAUUUUCAUUAUAACACAAGGUGUUGCCAUUGCAGCUACCAUCCGCAUUGUAAAAGAUAUUCUGGAUAAUGAAGAAGACUUCAGUCACGUUUUUCAGGUAGCAUGUUAUAAAGAUAUAGAUCAUGCUUUCUUUCGAGACGCCAUACGUGACUUUAAUAAGUAUUGGAACUAUAAAAGUCAUAUAUAUCUCGCGCAUCAGAAAUGUUUGCAUCGUAUGUGUAAAACAGCUGAAUGCACUGGAGAAUGUACCUGGUUUCAAAAAAAGUUGUGGUAUAAAGAAACGGUUCAUUUACGUCGUUUUUCCGAUUCUGAAUUGAGAGAUAUUAGCAAUGGAAGUGGCGGUAACGGUACGGAAUCAGUUUUUAUAAUCGCAGGCUCAAAGAAUUUUCAAGAAUCCUUUACUAAUGAUAUAAAAAAGUUAACGUUAGAAUCCUCAAAUACAAAAAUUGUUCUACUUUAGAAAAAUUAAACUAUUAUACAGAGAUUUCAAAUAUAA